CACGUCCGACACCCCACGCCAAUCACACCAACGACUACCAGAGAGACCGCAAUGGCUACCGAUAGGGAUUUGUGCUGCUGCUGCAUCAGACUUCGACUCGCUGUGGGAGUGGUCUCGUUAAUCUAUCUUGUUGUUAUCGCCGCAACAACCUAUCAAAAAUAUGUCGCCAAUAACACUGGCGAUCAUGUCGCUAAAAUUGUGAUCUAUGUCUCGGCGGCCCUCCAGGUGAUCAUCGCGUUGCUCGGUCUUCUCUCUGCUAUCACAAAGUCCGUCGGCAUCACAAGAAUAUUUUCCUUCCUUUGGUGGUGCCUCACUGUCGUAGUUCUCGGGCUCUCAAUCGGAAACAUCAUUCUGGUGGCCAGGGACGACAAGGCUGCUAUUGAGGACGUGUGUCGAAAGGAUCUCACUCCUUCUAAUGGCACAUUAGUGACCGACUCAGAAGUUACCAGUUGCUACCGCACGACUGUCAUCAUUUCAGCUGUAGUUCUGGGAAUCCAGUUCCUGAUCAUGUGCUUGUUUGGAUGGGUGAUCCAGCGGUUCCUGAGAGAGGUCAAGCAAGACGCCGCCGUGGCAUCAGCUCUGAAGGCGGUUGAUGAUGGAGACGUUUAAAAGCAACCCCCAUCGCUGGAGCUCGGUGAGGGAGACAUCCGAUGAGUCUGCAAGCUUUGGGACCCAAACUUGUUAUACGCCUUAUGACCUUGCAGUAGUAUCU